AUAAACUGAGCUGUAGGCACUAAUACCACUUCAAAAGAAAUCAGACAUUGACCGUAGCGCAUCUCAAUAUGAACUGGUGUUUUCUGAACUGUAUUAGGCCGCCAGCGGUACCAAACGACGCUGGGGAAGGUACAGAGACAAAGGAGGAAGGAAAAAGGAAGGACAAAGGAGGGAAAAAAAAGAAAUGCUGGCUAAGGAAAUUUUUCGCCAGUAAAGGAAAAAAGGCAAUGGAGGAGGAGAGCCAGGCAGUGGUGGUGGAGGAGGAGGAGAGCCAGGCAGUGGUGGUGGUGGAGGAAGAGAGCCAGGCAGUCGUGGUGAAGAGCCAGGCAGUGGUGGUGGUGGAGAAGGAGAGCCAGGCAGUGGUGGUGGAGGAGAGCCAGGCAGUGCUGGUGGAGGAGGAGGAGAGCCAGGCAGUGCUGGUGGAGGAGGAGGAUAGCCAGGCAGUGGUGGUGGAGAGCCAGGCAGUGGUGGUGAUGGAGGAAGAGAGCCAGGCAGUGGUGGUGGUGGAGAAGGAGAGCCAGGCAGUGGUGGUGGAGGAGAGCCAGGCAGUGCUGGUGGAGGAGGAGGAGAGCCAGGCAGUGCUGGUGGAGGAGGAGGAUAGCCAGGCAGUGGUGGUGGAGAGCCAGGCAGUGGUGGUGAUGGAGGAAGAGAGCCAGGCAGUCGUGGUGAAGAGCCAGGCAGUGGUGGUGGUGGAGAAGGAGAGCCAGGCAGUGGUGGUGGAGGAGAGCCAGGCAGUGCUGGUGGAGGAGGAGGAUAGCCAGGCAGUGGUGGUGGUGGUGGAGGAGGAGGAGAGCCAGGCAGUGCUGGUGGUGGAGGAGGAGAGCCAUGUGGUGGUGGUGGAGGAGGAGAGCCAGGCAAUGGCAGAGGAGUGCAAGGCAAUGGAGGAGGAGUGCAAGGGAUUUGUGGAGGAGUUCAAGGGAUUGUUGGAGAAAUGCAGGGCAAUGAUGGAGAAGAGAAAGGCAAUGAUGGAGGAGGAGAGCAAGGCAAUGCUGGAGGAGGAGAGCAAGGCAAUGAUGGAGGAGGAGUACAAGGCGAUGGAGGAGGAGUACAAGGCAAUGGAGGAGAAGUGCAAGGGAUUGGAGGAGGAGUACAGGGCAAUGGUGGAGGAGAGCAAGGCAAUGGAGGAGGAGGAGAGCAAGGCUUUGACUUUCACAAUGGAGGAGGAGAGCAAAGCAAUGAUGGAGGAGGAGUACAAGGCGAUGGUGGAGGAGUACAAGGCAAUGGAGGAGAAGUGCAAGGGAUUGGAGGAGGAGUACAGGGCAAUGGUGGAGGAGAGGAAGGCAAUGGAGGAGGAGAGCAAGGCUUUGACUUUCACAAUGGAGGAGGAGGAGAGCAAGGCAAUGGCGGAGCAGUGCAAGGCAAUGGCGGAGGAGUGCAAAGCAAUGGCAGAGAAGUGCACGGCAAUGGAGGAGGAGUGCAAGGGAUUGGAGGAUGAGUACGAGGCAAUGGAGGAGGAAUACAAGGCAAGGGAGAAAAUGAUGCAAGAAGUGUAGUGGAUAAGACUGAACAUAAAACAUAUUGACUAUCAGUACUACUUAAACAUGUAAAUCCUUGUAAAUAAAGCAUUAAAAAUAA